GGGUGUCUUGUGAGGAUUAAGCACCCCUUCCAGUAGCCUGGGACGCCUCCUGUGUUACAGAAUCUGCCUUCAGGUCCAGGGAUUUCCUCUAAUAUGUUGGAUAAAGCCAAGACACUCCAGCCUGCCUAUGUCGGGAUUGUGCCGCUUGCAGAGACUGUGUCAAAGCAAGGGAAGAGCUAUUCAAGCACAUAUCAGGAUUCAUACUACAGCUUACGAGAAGUGCUGCAGUUGAAGCUCCAGCAGCGACGCACACGGGAGGAGCUGGUGAGCCAAGGGAUCAUGCCGCCUCUGAAAAGUCCAGCUGCAUUUCAUGAACAAAGAAGGAGUUUGGAGCGGGCCAGGACAGAGGACUAUCUGAAACGGAAAAUCCGGUCCCGGCCAGAGAGAUCAGAGCUGGUUAGGAUGCACAUUCUGGAAGAGACCUCAGCUGAACCCUCCUUGCAGGCUAAGCAGCUGAAGCUAAAGAGAGCCAGACUGGCAGAUGACCUCAAUGAGAAGAUAGCGCAGAGGCCAGGUCCCAUGGAGCUGGUGGAGAAGAACAUCUUGCCUGUGGAAUCGAGCCUGAAGGAAGCCAUUAUUGUUGGACAGGUGAACUACCCAAAGGUUGCAGACAAUUCCUCCUUUGAUGAGGACAGCAGUGAUGCCCUCUCCCCAGAACAGCCAGCCAGCCAUGAGUCCCAGGGGUCUGUCCCAUCGCCGAUGGACUCCCGGAUUUGUGAGCCUCUCCCUAGCACCACUGGCACAUCACUAGCUCAGGGUACAUCCCAACUGCAGAUUAGUGCAGACUCCAGCGAAACACUUUUCCUACCUGAACAGCCACCCCCGCCUCUGCCACCUCCUCCUCUUCUGCCCCCUAGUCUUACCAAUGGAGCGGCUCUUACUGCUGCCAAGCCCCCACCAACACUCAUUAAGCAAAGCCAGCCCAAGUCUGCUAGUGAGAAGUCUCAGCGCAGUAAAAAAGCCAAGGAGUUGAAGCCGAAAGUCAAGAAGCUUAAAUAUCAUCAGUAUAUUCCCCCGGACCAAAAGCAGGACAAGGGAGCUCCUCCCAUGGAUUCAUCCUAUGCCAAAAUACUGCAGCAGCAGCAGCUCUUUCUCCAGCUUCAGAUCCUCAACCAGCAGCAGCAGCACUACAACUAUCAGACCAUCCUGCCAGCCCCACCAAAGCCUCCAGGAGAGCAGCAGAGUGGUGGCAAUGCCCCUGCUGUACGCAAUCUCUCUGCCACAGUCAGCAGCACAUCUUCAGUAUCCUCUGGUUCCAGUGGGCUGAUGCGACAAAACAGUAAUGCUGCAGUGGGCAAGCCUGGCCCUCUCCCUGCCAACCUAGAUGAGAUGAAGGUAGCAGAGCUGAAGCAAGAGCUGAAGUUGAGGGCCUUGCCUGUCUCGGGCACAAAGACGGACCUGAUUGAGCGUCUCCGAGUUUACCAAGAGCAGAACGGUGCAGCUGGCCAAACAACCCCCACUCCCAAGCCCAGCACAGCAGCCAUCCUCCCAAAAGCUGCCGAAGUGGUGGUAGCCUUCCCAGCUGCCAGGCUGAGCACAGGGCCAGCCCUGGUCACCACUGGCAUUGCACCAGCAGAAGUAGUUGUGGCCACAGUCACCGGUGGUGGCAUGAUGAAGUUUGGCAGCACAGGCUCGACUCCUCCUGUUUCUCCAACUCCUUCUGAGCGCUCACAAAUGAGCACAGGGGACGAGAACUCGGCCACCGGAGACACCUUUGGAGAGAUGGUGACUUCACCCCUGACCCAGCUCACCUUGCAGGCGUCUCCAGUGCAGUUCCUGGUGAAGGAAGAAAACUCCAAGUUUGCCUCCUGCAGUGUAAAUGCAGCACCCCGGUCAGAGCGGUGUAGCACUGGUAACAGCAGAGAUGCAGAAGUUAGGGACAAAGACCAGAUGCUGCAGGAGAAGGACAAGCAGAUCGAGGAACUCACCCGCAUGCUGAAGCAGAAGCAGCAGCUGGUUGAGAUGCUUAGGCUACAGCUAGAGCAGGAGAAGCGCUCUCAGCAGUCACUACCGGCCCCAGCGGCUGCAGGAGAAGGAACAGCCCUUGCCUCUAACCCAGUAGCAUUUGGCACCCAGGUCAAGAGUGAAAACGGUUUCCUGAGCUGCCAGUCUGCAAAGCAAUCCAGUGGCCAAACAGACCAAUUCAGCCCUGCACCAACCGCUAGCCAAAUGGACACUUCGAAUCCAAGCCCAGUGCCAAAGAAAGCCAUGAUGGUGAAGCAGGAGGUGCCAGCCGUGGAAGCAGAGCCGCCGUGCCAGUCCCACAGCCCGCGGCUUUUCCUUGGCCAGCAAGGGAGCGCCCUGAGCGACCUCAUCAAGGGCAGCCCUCCCCCCACCCUCAUCACCGACUCCACAGGGACCCACAUCGUCCUCACCGUGACCAAGCAGAGCGCCGAGAGGCAGGGCCUCUCGCCCCACGGGAAGGCAGGGAGUAGCUGCCUGGCCUUGCAGAGAGUACAAUCAUCGCCCACUAAAACUUCCAGCCAACCACCGUGUCAGCUACCUGCAAGCACCCCGCAGCAGCCCACGCAGAAGCAGCAGCAGCAGCCCCUGCAGCAGCAGCAGCCCAGAGGACUAAACCAAUCUGUCAGAAAGCCCUCAUCGCAGCCCGGCUCUCCUGCUGCCCCUUCCCCAUCCCAGAUGGACCUGGAGCAGCAACAGCACACGUCGCUUUUUGGAACUCCUCCACCUCCUCUCCCUGUUCCCUCGGUCCCAAUGAAAGAGCCACCAGGCUAUGAAGAGGCCAUGAAGCAACAGCCAAAGGCCCAGGAGAAUGGCUGUUCCAGCCAGCAGAUGGACGACCUGUUUGACAUUCUCAUUGAAAGUGGAGAGAUUUCUGCUGACUUCAAGGAUCAGUCGUCCCCAGCUGGGAAAGAACCGCCCGUGGCCCCAGCUUGCUCCCCACCGCCCAGCAGCCACCAUUCCUCAGAGCUGGCGGUGCCGGUGUCCUUGGGGCAGCCGGUGCCCGUGGGCCGGCUGGAGGACUUUCUGGAGAGCAGCACCGGCCUCCCGCUGCUGACGGCAGGCCACGACGGGCCGGAGCCCCUGUCCCUGAUUGAUGACCUCCACAGUGAGAUGCUGAGCAGCUCGGCCAUCCUGGACCACCCGCCUUCACCUAUGGACACCUCGGAAUUGCACUUUGCUCAUGAGCCGUCCGGGGGCAUAGCCCUGGAUCUGGCUGAGGCUAACUUGGACAGCAUGGACUGGCUGGAGCUGCCGGGGGGGCCCGUCAUGAGCCUGGCUCCCCUGAGCACUGCGGCUCCCAGCCUCUUUUCCACAGACUUCCUUGAUGGACACGAUCUGCAGCUGCACUGGGAUUCUUGCUUGUAACUCUGUGAGCAGAGACUGAAGGGAAUGGGAGGGCACAGGCAUGCAGGGGGGGAGAGGCCAGUCAACCAAAAAAAAAAAAAAAAAAAAAAGGAAGAAAAAAAAAAAAAAAGAGACAAGCUCCUAGUAUUUGUACUCCUCCCCCAACAGUGUCCUUCCUGCACGAAGCCGGCAGUGGUAGCAAAGGCAGACCCGCAGCUCGAGUCGCUGCUGCCUGGGCCGGGCCAGGGCAGGGAGAACGGCUGCUGGGGGAAGAAGCGGCUGCAGGAGCUCCGGGGCUGGUGGUCUCCUGCCCCCUCAGUGCAGCCUGACCCAGCUCCGGUGCGAGCAGAGCCGGACACCCGUCUUCCUCCAGGCGGGAACAGCGAUGGCAGCGCAUGGGAGGCAGGCACGAGUUCCCUCACGCCUCGCAGAGGGGCAUAGCGUGACUGGGCCUGAGCCGUUUCCAGAAGCAGCACCCCGCGCCUUGCUGGGAUUGGCAAAUAAAGGAGGUUUAAUGGUUGCAGAAGGGGAUUCUACCUCCGGAGCAGGACACAAAAGGUGGGAGUGCUGGCUGGGGGCACGGCUGCCCUCUGCACCCCCUCCUGUCUGCCAGGGGAGGGCCUGUUCUGCCGCAGGGCUGCGAGGAGCUGGGCAGAACAGGCACCUUUUCCAAACGUAGCCAAAGGGAACCAGGGUUCCCCCCACCCCAACCUGGUAAUGUCUCAGCUGGUUUCCCAAAUAUUGCUGAGCUUGGCAGAGGCCUGCCUGCUUGCUUCACUCGCUUUGGGCUGCAAAACAGAUUUUUAAGGUGCUAAAAUCCAGGUCCUUAUAUGUUAAAAUCUGUCCUUCGCUGCCCCAGACCUCUGGCUGUGCCUGGAAGCUAGCCUUCAGGCACACCCCUGUCCCCCCCAGCUUCCACAGCACUGGUGACAUCCCCAGGUGAGCAGGGCAGUCAGUCUGUGGGGGGGGUUAGGGACAAGAAAUCGUCUGUGUGUCCUGGGGCACACGUGAGGGGCACAGCUAGCGAUGAGCAACAUAUCAUUAGGGGCCAUGUGCAAUCUGUCUCUUGCCUUCAGCUAUGCUGUUGCCUCCCUGUAGCAGGUGCCCCAGUGGAAAGCAGCAGCCCAACAGGCAAGGAGGGGGAAGCGGCACUGCAAGAAGGGUGUUGUGAGGCUCAACGCAGGUCCUAGCUCAGGAGUGCGACUGUGAGGGCUGCUUUCUGGGAGAAGUGGGAGCCUGAAAGCAAGUAAUGGGCAGGUGACCUCCGCUCUUCCUUCCCUCCAGGCCCAUGGCGUAAAAGGCAAAAGCAAAUGGCUGCUUACUGGGAGCUGCCGCCCUGUGUCCAGCCAGCUGUGGCCACGUAGGGCCUGGGGCUGCUGACUGACGAGUACCCCAAGCCAUGACAAUGCUAUUCCUUGUGCAGGGUUUUGCGUUGGAAACCCAGGCCUGCGGCUCUCUCCUGUGCUGUUACUCCCGUCGCUUUUAAAUUCCUGUGUUUGUUAGUAGUAACUCACCGCCAUAUUAUUUACCUGGUGAGCCGUAGCCUCGCUCGCUGUGCUCCACGCAACCGCCUGGCCGCACAGCUACCCCUACUUUGGCCUUGAGCUGGGUCUGGGCUGCGGGGCUGCAGUUCCCCAGGGCAGGGCUGGAGGCAGCGGCUUUUGAAAUCGUACGGACUGAGGUGCUGACCCUGCUCAGGCACUGGAAGGAAAAAACUGCCAUCCUUUUUAGUAUCUCCUUGAGGAUGCUGUCCUCACCUUUGCCCCACGCUGGGCUGCAGUGCUGCCUGCUGGGGAGGGGCACACGCUGCUCCCCUUCCCCUUUGGUACCCGGUGCUCUUCUUGGGGGGGGCCUUGCUGCAGGGGGGGGCAGGUACCCCUGCUCCAGGGCAGGUGACUGCCAGCCCUGCACACUGUGCUCUCCGUCAGCCACCGAACUGGCAGCCAGGUGGGGGGUCAUGCCUGUUUUGCAGCUGGGAGAAAAUCCUGCUUUCCUGAGCCCUAUUUGCUUGUUAACUGCAUGGGGAGCCACUUUCUUAAUCAUUUGGAGGGGAAGCCUGCUGGCAGCUUCCUUCCUUUCUGCCCCCUUCUUCCCCCCCCAGUUGUAAGCAAGUCAGAGCCUCUUAUCUGCUUCCUUCAGUGUCUGGGUUGGAGAGGAUACCCCCCCCCCCCACUUUCUGUUGCCCAAACUACAGUGUCAUGUCCUAAAAAUCAGAAUAACUGGGACUGAUGGACACCCUCUUUGACCCCCCCCACCCCUCCCCAGUUCUCUCCUGGUGCAGCCCUGGUGCUCACUGGGAGCAGAGAGUGCAUUAAUAAUUGCCUUACAGAGCUCCCCCAGGGCAGCUGCCCAGCCAUGGGACCAGGUGGGCACAGGAAGCAAGUGCUUUCUUAGGAGGAAAGGAUGGGGGGACAAGGGGAGGAUCUUUCAACUGCUAAGGGGAAAAAGUGAGGGUACCUAUUUGUCAAACUGAAGCAAAAUCAGCUGCUUUUAGCCCACAGUGAGCAGUAGCCCCCACGAAAACCAGCUGUGUGAUAUCUUUUAUACAAAUAAUUACAAAGCUGCAAACAGUAAAUAAAGAAUGAAAUUACCAAAGUGCAAUGAGCUCCUCGAGGAAGGUGGGAGCACUCCCGGCCUGACCCAGCCACAGUUCCUCACACUGGGCCAGGCACCAGUCUUUGCUGGCAGAGAGCUGCCAAUGCCCAUUACCAAUAUAGCCCUUCCCCAGGGUUGAGGGUGAAAGGCUGAGCUCACAGCUGCUCCCUUUUCACCUUUACCCACCCACCUUCAUUUGUGAAACGUUGUAGGAAUUAAUUUAAGUACAUUAAACUUGCCCAACAACAUACUUGAAAUUGGCUGACAGGCUCAAGAGCCCUCAAGGAGUCCAGACGAUACAGAACCAUGAGCCUCACCUCCUAAGGAAAGCAGAGCCCUUCUGCCAGGAGAGCGAGCGAUAACCCAGUGCCCGUGGGCAGAGGGGAAGACGGUGCCUCAUCCCAGGAAAUAGUAGGAAGUCUUUUCCCCAAGCAGUGCGAGAGCAGGCUAGCCCAGUUCUCUGCUUUCUUACUAUUAUUUGUUUGAAUAAUAGUUCAAUAGUUCUUUGUCAGAAGAGGUAUUCCCCUGGACGUACAUUUUUGCACCCACUGGGAAAAACGAAGUCUGAUGUUCUGCCUCUACCUUGAAUGUAAUCCUGAAUCUUUCUGCUGUAACCACUACUUGUUUGUAAUGUGUAUUUGACUAGUACGCACUCUCCCUUCCACUAUGCAGCAAACAGUGAGGGGUGAUCAGCACCAUCGGAGACAGAUGGUGUUGGGGCAUCGGAUCCAGAGCAAGUAUUCAACUGGAAAAGGAUAAAAGUGACAAGUUAACGGGGGAGAGAAUGGAUCUUUAAAUUGAAUUAUUUUUUCAGUUACAAAUAUUUGAAAAAAAAAAUCCAUUUUAUUAAAAAAAUUCCAAACAAACA